GCAGUGUUGGUUAAUACCCAAAAACAGCUGAUAUUGCAUUUAAAAGUAAACAAAACUGACAUAUUUUGUUUUCUUUUUGGGGAUUUAUAAUGCUGCUGCAACGUGUGUGGUUGCCACAAUUAAAUCACCACCUGCGUCAAUACGCCAAAAAGUCCCGGGCCAACUUCAAGCCGAUCAUGGCCGUAAACAAGCGCAUGGUCCACCAGGAGAUCCUGCAUUAUGUAAACCCCUUUGCCAGGAUCAACGUAAAGUCCGAUGUUUUCCUGCGCAUCCAGCCCGCGGAUGUGCAUCAGUACACCAGCGGAGAUGUGUUUAUAGCCCAAAUGUGCGGCGGCCAAGUCAAGAACUCCAAUGUCUCGCUGGAUGUGAAAAUAACCAACGAUGACAAGGUGGUCAAUGUGGUGGUCAAGCAACUGGCAGAGCAGCCCUCGCAAUUCGAGUGCAAUCUGCAGAUACCCGUGCGAUCCGAUGUCUCCGUGGAGGCCAAAGGCAAUGUCCGGGUGGAGGGAGUCCAGAGUGAGCUGCUGCAAGUCAAGGCGGAUGGAGGCAUCCUCACCAAGAAUGUUAAGGCCACCAACAUUAAGCUGUAUAGCGAAAACGGAAACAUCAACUGCCAAGGCACGCUGCUGGGCAAGAUCACCGAAAUUGAGACACAUUGUGGGAACAUUUCAAUGGACAAACUGCAGGGAGAUAGCCUGAAUUGCUCGACCAAGGCUGGCAGCAUUGUAACCGACUGUUGCUAUGUGGAAAACUCCAAGUUUCAGACGCAAACAGGACGCCUGGAGCUCAAAAAUGUCCACAAAUCAAGCCAAGUGCAUGUCCACCAGUCGGGGGAAAUCAACAUGACUGGAGUACAUGGCAACCUCCAAGUAAUGACCAAAGGAGGCAGCUUAAAUCUGCAAUUAUCCGAGCUAGUGGGUCACAACAAAAUCGAUGCCCAGAACUUGGAAAACGAGGCUAUCAUUCACAUUUCCCAAGCCAUUGAGCAGGAUCUCCACAUAGAGGUGACAGCCGCCGAAGUGAAAUUGGAAACCGAACUGGAACAUGUGGCCCAUGCUCUCAACGAAGAUAAGAGCAAAUUCCUGCUCAACAAAUCGAAUACACACCGCCUGCAGGUCAGCAGCACUGGCGACAAAGGCGUGCGCCUGGGAAAACAAUCGUGGAGCGAUAUGAUGCGUCAAAAACUGCAGGCCAUUGGAACCGAGGCGCCCUAGUUAAAGCCGGAUACUCACUAAGUUACGAAUAUAUUGUGCUGCAAGCUACAAUCUCA